AUGCUAGUUAGAGGUUUGUUAUCGGCCGUGGCGACGAUUUUCUGUGGUGCACCUAAAGAUACCGACUUGAGAGAGUCUGUGGCCGUUGGUAUUGAUCUCGGGACUACCUAUAGCUGCAUAUCUGUAUAUAGUCCAUCCUCGAAAGAUACAAGGUUUGUUCUCUCUCCCGGGGGAGAAGAGACCUAUCCAUCGGUUGUAUAUUUCAAGAAGCUUCCUGAGGGAGAUGGAAAGAAGUCCAAGUAUGAAGCAGUGGCUGGAUGGCCUGGGCUACAAAUGUAUAAUGCUGAGGGGAAUGCCAACACUUACUUCUAUGCCUUCAAGAGAGGGAUGGGAAUUGAGGAUCUUGCAAACAUUGACAAGAAGGUUGAAGAGAUCAAGAGGAAUGCAUCUGUGCCUAUAUUUGUAGAAAGCGUUGGGGGAAAGAAGAGGGUGGCCUACAAGAUCCAAGAGGCCAUGCAGGAUGGCUACGAGUCUGUGACGCCGGAAGAGCUUUCAAGCCAUGUUCUGCGAAUGCUGAAGGACCAGAUUGUAAAAGAUUAUAAAAUCCAAGGGCUAACCAUUACUGUCCCAGCUUACUUUGAUGUGAACCAAGUUGCAGCGACAAUCAAGGCGGCUGAAAUGGCAGGGUUUCCGACACCCAUAAUUUGGAAGGAGCCGUCAGCAGCGGCAUUUGCUCAUACCUAUGAUCUUAUCAGGAAAGGCAUAACGACCAAGGAAGAGGUUGACGACAUGAACAUCUGUGUAUUUGAUCUUGGAGGAGGUACAUUUGAUGUUUCGAUUGUCGAGUCGUCUGGAGGAUUCAUGAUGGUGCCGAGCUAUGGAGGAAAUAAUUUUCUUGGGGGAGAAAAUGUCAAUGACAAUCUCACGAAGUACUUUGCUGACUACAUCAAGAGCAGUACCGGGUUUGACGUGAUGGAGAAUCAGAAUGUUAAGCUCAGGCUGAGGAACGUUGUUGAAGACAUGAAGAGGGAUCUCUGUGACGAAGUUCGCAAGUCUCCGGGUAGGAAAGCAAAUCCUUCUAUAAGCAAGAGUUUUAUUUAUGAUGGAGAAAAGUCGAUUGUGCUGGAACUAACGAAUGAGAAGUUCAACGAACUCAAUGCCGAUUUCUACUCCAGAAUAAGAAAGACUAUGGAUUCAUUGCUUUCUGGAGAUGGAAAGGACAACAAGGGAUAUGACAAGAGCCUUAUCAACAGGGUAUUACUCGUUGGGGGAUCCACAAGGAUUCCCAAGGUAAUUGACAUAGUCGAGGAAAUUUUUGGUGCAAACAAAAUCUAUUCGGAAGGCGUCAAUGCGGAUACGAUAGUUGCUAGGGGAGCAGCUCUGUAUACAGCCAACUCGCUCAAUCUACUUAAUGAAUCUGAGCAGAUUGUGACUGCUGACAGCGUUCCUCUUUCGCUGGGGAUCUGCACAGAAGAGGAUCACUUUGAGGCGAUAAUCUCAAAAGGAGCCCUUCUUCCAGCAACAGGAACAAAGGAGUUCACUACUGCACAGGACAACCAGACAAAGGUUAGGAUUCGCGUUGCGCAGGGUGGUUUGGAAAGCUUCAAAGACAACAUCUACAUUGGAGACAUUGAAUUGGAUCUCCCGGGAAAUCAACCCCGUGGUGUACCAAGAAUUGCCGUCACAUUGGAAAUCGAUACCCAUGGGAAGAUUUAUGUAAAGGCGGUGGAUUUGCAAAACAACAAAGAGGCGUCUUCAUACUUCAGCUCGGUUGUUGCCAAUAUGACUUCAGAAGAGAUUGAGAGAUUUGAAGAGAGGGUGCAUGGCGAGGAAAACCAAGAGCUUGUGAAGAAGCGUGAGGUGGUCAGAAAACUCGAGCAAGCCAUAUCUCAGGCAGAGAGUCCAAAGUUCGCUGAAGUAAUUCCCGAGAAUAUUAAGAAAGAUGCUUUGGAAUAUGUCCAGAAGACAAGGUUGUGGCUAGAGAAGCAUAAGGAAAUAGCGCCUCGAAUCCAUAUUGAGGAAAAGCUUCAGGAGUUCGACAACGGAAUGAAAGAGUUUCUUAGUUCGGCGAAGUCUGGAGAAGAGAAGGAAAUAGGGAGAGAAGAACUCUGA